AGGAGUGACAGACGCAUAGAGAAUAUUCGGGUGUGCCAGAAAUCUGCGCUGUGUGCUUUUGCGCUCUCCAUCCCCGCGAUCAACGCAAGGCAUGAAUCUCAUCCCCGCGUUUAUUCAUUCUGUCGACAUCGCCGUGCACAUAUGUAACGCAUCUUGUUGAGAUGCGCGUGCGGGAUUAAAUCGGAUGGAGUGCGCAGUUAAGACAAUAACCGAGAGGAGAGAGAUAUUUGCGUAUUGCAUCUGUCCGUGGAUGUGAAUCUGGGAGGAAUGGACACGCAAAACACGAUGCAGUCCAGGUGUCGUCAUCUCAAUGUCAGGGAUUUCUUUUGAUCGCCUAAAAUCCUUUAUAUCUCAUAAUAACCGCGUGGAAACAGCCGUCUGGACUGUAUAAGGUAGAUGUGUUUAUUUAUGAUAUAUAAAUGCAUUCAGUCUCAUAACAUUUGGUUAAUCACAAAUACUAACCUGCUAACCCUUCGAAGAUUAAUUUAAUCGGGUGAUCAUUAAGUAUUCAUAGUGACAUUACCUUUGGGAAUUGUGUUUCUGAUGCAUUGGAGUGGGUUUUGGACAUAUGAGCUGUGUCUUCACAUGAGCUGAGAAAUUUAUUUCGCUGUCACCAAGUGUGAUUAUUCACCUUAAUAAGAUUGGUGGGAUGAAUGGUGCGGAUGCAUAGUGACUGAAUCAAAGGAGAACUGGAAGAGAACAUCAUUGGAGUCACCGACAUAUUCCCUCAUCCACGCUGAACGAAUCACUGUGACAUCUGGCACUGAAAUUGCUUAGUCUGUCAAGACAUCUGUGAGCUGUUCUGUCUGUGGUUAAGAUUACGUGCCCCCCUCCCGGCAACAUCUAGAGAGGACUUGAGUCCAAACUGAAGCCAGAUAGGUCCAGCUUGAAUCCACAAAGGUUGUGUCUAAAUCCAUAGGGGACAUAUUCCUGUUGAAUUGGGAAGCUCGAGUCCAAGCUUGCUCCAUUGAGUUCAUAACCUAUCUAUGAUUCCUGGGGCACCUGCAACAAUGCUCCCAGCCACGGAGGCAGCCAAGAUCUACCAGACCAACUACGUGAGGAAUUCUCGCGCUAUUGGGGUCUUGUGGGCCAUCUUUACCAUCCUCUUCGCCAUUGUCAAUGUGGUAUGUUUUGUUCAGCCCUACUGGAUCGGGGAUGGCGUGGACACGCCGCAGGCCGGCUAUUUUGGCCUCUUUCACUACUGCAUAGGGAGCGGAACGGCCCGGGACCUGAAGUGCCAGGGAAGCUUCACCGAGUUUAGCUCCAUCCCAUCAGGAGCCUUCAAAGCAGCGUCGUUCUUCAUCGGGAUGUCCAUGGUGCUGGUGCUGUCCUGCAUCGGCUGUUUCGCCCUCUUCUUCUUCUGCAGCACAGCCACUGUGUAUAAGAUCUGUGGGUGGAUGCAGCUGGCAGCAGGUACAUGUCUGGUGCUGGGCUGUAUGAUAUAUCCUGACGGCUGGGAUGCGGAUGAGGUAAAGCGGAUGUGCGGAGAAGAAACCGAUAAAUACACCAUCGGAGCUUGCUCAGUACGCUGGGCGUACAUCCUGGCCAUUAUGGGAAUCAUGGACGCGCUCAUUCUGUCGUUCCUGGCCUUCGUGUUAGGAAACAGGCAGGAUGGCCUAAUGUCCGAGGAGCUGCUGGGAGACAAGACUGGAAAUGCAUAGGUGGAAGACGCAAACAGAUGAGCGUGUUUGCUUCGUUGAAGGAAAAUCAUUAUGUGAAGUCACAAUUCAGCUUUACCCAUCAUCCUGAGGGCGGGAAGCCUGACUGCAGCAGUUUGGAAAAUGUUUGAGCAAAUGACGAAAACGCGGUGAUGGGUGUCCAGAACACUCGCUGCUUUUCUGUACAUAUAUCUACUUUUCACUUUACUCCUUGGAAAUGCUUUUUAACAAAUCCCUAGUUUGAUUUAUCGUGUUCUGUGCCACUACUAUGAUAGGGCAGCUAAUGCACCAUUAAGAAACACAAUAAAAAAAAUUAUGUUGCGUCACCCUCUUCAAGCUUAUCUUACGGUAAUAUUAACAUUUUGGGAUUUAUGAAUAUUACUGUAAACUACCUGAGAGGGUUUUCCAAUUAAAGUCAAGUAUACUUAUGUAAAGGGGGGGUGUAGAUUUCGGCACAGAGCAGCACUACAGAGACUUUACCGGCUUGUUAAUAUUUCUCUCUCUCUCUUGGCUACACUGGACAUGGAAAUUGAAAACACAUCAGCCGCAAGAGAAGACAAUACAACCCCGAAAGCCAAAUUAAACAUGAGCGAUCAUUCAAUUGAGUUUUACAUGUACAACCACCACCACACUCUCCAAUAUUGUUUUACAGGGGUAUGUAAAGAGGUGAGUUCACUGUUGAUAUAUUUUAAUAAUUAUGUGUCAAAAUUAGGAGCGGACCACUCCGCCGUUAGUAUUCGUGCACAAGCCAAGUAUUCACUGAACUAGGAGAGUGUUUUAAGUAUUACGUAUCGAGUGUACACGUUGAAUUUCUGUAUGUCUCUACUUCGAUAUUUCCUUCUUUGCAGUGUCGGUGCUGUAUAGUUAUGUGUGCCAUAUUUAUGAUGUUCUCAGCUGGUACCGUUUUGUAUUCUUGGUAUAGUCAUUCUGUCCCACCAGGAUAAGAGUCGCCAACCUAAAAGAAAACAUGUCAUCUGAAAUAGUUUUGGGAAGUAGGUUAGUAAAUAAAUGCACACCCACAGGAAAUGACCUCACUGUGUAUCUGGUGCCACUCCCCCAAUCCUGGGCCGCUGAAGAUUUUGGAUGAUACUGAAAGUUCCGAAUGGGAAAAAAUUUAAGGGUUUGCUUUAUUUAUUGGGUAUGUCUUGUCAGAUACUGUUGUAUGUAGGAAAUGAUGUAAAUACACCAUAAUAAUGUAUUAGUUACAGAGGCAAUUCGCAAAUUCAUGAAUAAAGAUUUUACCUCUACCAAACGAAACUGAGACAAGAUGCUUUUUUAGCAUUGUUGCAUACACAAAUUGAAAUCAGCUCAUAUUAUUAUAGCAGGAGUGUCCAAAUUUUGUUAAGCAAGGGGUACCACAAUGGGUAAAACAAUCUGGAGGGCUACUUUUUUGAUCUACUCAAAACUUUCUUUUACUUGUUGAUAUGUUUUAUCAUUUAAAAUGCCAAGCUAAUAUAUAAAACAUGUAGUAAUAUUAAAAUUAAGGCUAUUAAUAGAAUGUGUUUGUGGUAGGAACUCACAGACUAAGUGCAGGGAACCUGGUGCCCAUUGGCACCAUGUUGGAGACCACUCCAGAU